AUGGUUUUCAAUGCUGGGCGAAUGCGGCCCAUCCCGAUUUUUCACUGCCAGAGGCCACAGCUGAGGCGUUCCAUCUGUCCCAACCGGAUCGUGGCAACCCCCAUUGCGCGUGACGCGCAGUUGGAGUGGUCUGGCGCUAUUGAGCCGGACCUUUCCAACCUGGCCAGCUAUCGUCCUGUGGCAUCCGUUCAGUUGACGCCUGUGGCGCAGCCUGUGGCACAGGUGGUGACGUCAGCACCAGUGGUUCUGGCACGACGGCAGAUUUCUGUGGGGCAUUUGCCACAGACCCAGCUCACCGGAGAGGUCGAGGGCCUUCCAACGACCCCGGGACUCUUGAACUGUCAGUUUCCCUUGUGUGGCGUCCGGGUCACGAUCAUGAAGUGCUCCUUCAUCUGCGGCUGUCCUGGCCACACAGGUCUUUCACCACGCUCCAUGGACCCAGACUCCUGCCGCACUGGGACUCUUGUCAUCGCCACAAUUUCAGCCUCCAGAUCUCUUGGGGCUGCAGGAGGAGAAGCCCCAACAGGAGCAGCAUAUCCCUUCAGAUCAUUUAGCCCAAGCGGUUCUUGCGCAGUCGUCAGUCAGAUAGCUCAGACCUCUGGAGGUCCGAUGAUAGAGCUCAGCACAGGAGCAGCUUCAGCCAGUACCAGAGGUGCUCAGGGCAGGGCUCGCCUUCAGAACGAGCUUGCGGCGCAAAAGGGCACUUUCUUUACAGCAGUGCUUGCUGCCAUGGCCAGACGAAUGCAGCCCACGGCAUCAGUGGAGGGUAGCCCUCAGGAGCUCUUGGACAGGGGCAUCUGCGGCAGCCGGUACCUCAAGAGGUUUGGAAGUUUUGCAAAGGUGAGAGAGCUGAACUUCCAAGCCGCCAGAGACCAAACAGCCCUCCUUGCAGUGGCCAUCGAUCAGGAGCUGGAUGUGGUCACCACCAAGCGCCUGGAGCUUACAAGCCAGUCCAAGCACGGUCUAUUCUCCAGCGGAGGAGACACCUACAAUGCCAAUCCAAGCCCAAAGCCCAAAGGCCAGCCAAAGAAGAAGGGCGCAGGCAGAGGAGGAGGAACCCAAGCCGUAGCCGACGGGGAGGAGGUCUGA